AGUUAAAUUUUCUUUAAGAAUAUUUUUGUUUUUUUGAAUGAUUUCAAAAUGUCGUCGUCGUCGUCGUCGUCAAAUGAAGUACAACACAGUGUAACGAAUAAUUCAAAUGUAUCAAAAGUUGUCAUUAACGAAUGUUUAUCUAACGAUUUAUCAAAUGAUAAUGAAGAAAUGAUUAAUCAAGUUAAGGGAUGUUAUGAAAGUUUACCCAAUCGUAUUGUUCAUGAACAAUUUUUAAAGGAUUUUAUAGAUGUCAUUUUGGAUAAAGCUGUUUUCGAGGGUACAUUGAGGAACGAGAAAGUGGUUGAAUGGGUUGAACCAAAGACCCUAUCUUCUCUAAUAGAUUUGUCCUUGCCAAUGAAUGGAGUACCCCAAGAAGAAUUAUUAUCAUUAACACGAAAUAUUAUUAAGUACAGUGUGAAAACGGGUCAUCCACAUUUCGUCAAUCAACUGUUUUCCAGCGUGGAUCCUUAUGGUUUAGCAGGUCAAUGGUUGACCGAUGCUUUGAACCCCUCCGUUUACACUUACGAGGUAUCACCGGUAUUUUCUUUGAUGGAGAAUGAAGUGUUGAAAGAAAUGAGGAAAAUAAUUGGUUGGGAAGAUGGUCAAGGUGAUGGGAUAUUUUGUCCUGGUGGUUCAAUGGCCAAUGGUUAUGCCAUCAAUUUGGCGCGUCAUUAUAAAUUCCCGGAGUACAAGGAAACUGGUUCGACUGAGGUUUCUAGGCUGGUGAUAUUUACAUCUGAGGAUGCUCAUUAUUCUGUUAAAAAAUUGGCAGCUUUUCUUGGUAUUGGUACUAGUAACGUUUACUGCGUUAAAGUUGACGAACGUGGUAAAAUGUGUUUAAAGGAUUUGGAAUUACGUGUUAACGAAGUACUGUGUCAAAAGGCUGUACCCUUGAUGGUAUCUGCAACAGCUGGUACCACCGUUUUGGGUGCAUUCGAUCCACUUAAAGAAAUAGCUGACAUUUGUAAGAAAUACGACAUGUGGUUCCACGUAGAUGCAGCUUGGGGUGGGGGUGCAUUGAUGUCGACGAAGUAUCGUUUCUUGCUCGAUGGUAUUGAACUGGCUGAUUCGAUUACUUGGAAUCCUCACAAGUUGCUUGCAGCACCACAACAAUGUUCAACCCUUUUGGUACACCACGAAGGUUUAUUGGAAUCGGCGCAUGCCUCCAAAGCGAGCUAUUUGUUUCAACCUGACAAGUUUUACGAUACUUCUUACGAUUCUGGUGACAAACAUAUACAAUGUGGCAGAAGAGCUGACGUAUUGAAAUUUUGGUUAAUGUGGAAGGCCAAAGGUACAAAUGGUUUUGAAAAACACAUCGAUCGUGUGUUCGAAUUGUCACAAUUUUUUACGAAUUACAUUCGCCAACGAGAAGGAUGGAAGCUCAUAUUUGAGCCUGAAUGUACCAACGUUUGUUUCUGGUAUACACCACCAUCGAAACGUCAUUUAAAAGGCGAACAAUUGUCCAAUCUUUUGCAUAAAAUUGCUCCAAUUAUCAAAGAGCGUAUGGUCCGUAAAGGAUCAAUGCUAAUCACGUAUCAAUCCUUACGUAAUCUUCCUAAUUUCUUCAGACUCGUAUUACAAAAUUCUGGACUGACUAAAACUGACAUGAGAUUUUUUGUCGAUGAAAUAGAAAGGUUAUCCUCUGAUCUCUGAAAUGAUUUCUUUCAAUAUUUCUCAAAGUAUCAAAAUUCAUUUCUUUUCUUUUCUUUUUUUUUUUCAAACUACUUAU